GUUGAAGUGAUACGCUGAACGACGCGCCCAAAGAGAAAACGACAAGCGAAAAAGAUGUCUUGGAAUAAGAACCUAAGCUCUAUGGAUGUCGACGAGGAGGAGGAUGAUAUGCCAACAAUCCGUACAGCUGAUUACAGCAAGAUGACAAAAUCCUUUGAUGUCGGUACCAGAGCGAAAUCACUGGAUAUUGACGAACUAAUGGAGGAGCAAUCCCCUGAGUCUGCACUCUCUCAGCUUGUUAGAUCAUGGGUCGCAGAAAGAGGUGCACCGGUCGUCCUCGAAUGGCAGGGUGAGAUUGUCGAUGAGGUUAUGUCCCAGAUCGAAGAGCAGUCAAAGAUUGUAGACAGUUUAAAGUCAGAUGAUAGGAGUACAGACGAGGAGCACUUCCAGCUUAUCCUCGUGCAAACAGAAGUUGAGAGGGCCAAGUACGUGAUUACAUCCUAUGUUCGUGCAAGAUUGAGCAAGAUCGAGGAACACGCGCAAUAUAUCGUAAAGAACCCCUCCACGCAUUCGAAUUUAUCCGGAAUUGAGUUGUCACAUGCACGAAAGUUUUGGCGAUUAAUCGAGACACAUUAUCAAAUGUCUGUGCUCCAGGGCUUACCUACCGCGAUGCGUGGAUUGGAAGACAGCCACAACGGAAAGAGCAUGGUAAUAGAGCCAGAUUUAGACAGGGCUAUAUUUAUAAGGGCGAGGAGAAACGUCGGUCAGGUGCAGCUCCCUCAACAGUCGAUAGAGCUCAUGAAAGGCGACAACUAUCUGGUGAGCUUUAGAGAUGUAAGCUAUUUGAUAGCCAGUGGGGCUGUCGAGAUAGUAUAAUAUUUGAUAGUGAGAAAUGUUAAUGUAAUUCUUGUCUACAUAUAAAUGAUAGUGCG